ACUCAACCGGUUGUAACUCGAAAUAUUCAAUAAUCUAGGAAGCGUUGCGCUGGAGUCUGGACAUUUUACAGCCAAAAAAAACGAGAAGAAAGUCCAGUGUGUUGUUUUCUAAGAAAAGGAGGAUCCAGUGACCACUUGACUGACCAGCAGCUAUGAGCUUCUUUGGUUUUGGUCAGAGUGCGGACAUCGAUAUAGUUCUGAAUGACGCCGAAACCAGAAAGAAAGCGGAGCAUAAAAGCGAAGACGGCAGGAAGGACAAAUAUUUUCUCUUCUACGACGGCGAAACGGUGUCGGGGAAAGUCAACGUGACGCUCAAGUACCCUGGAAAGAGGCUGGAGCACAACGGCAUCAAGAUUGAGUUUGUUGGCCAGAUAGAGCUGUACUACGACAGAGGAAACCACCACGAGUUUGUCUCUCUUGUGAAAGACUUGGCUCGGCCAGGGGAGCUCACACAGUCCCAGACGUUUGACUUUGAGUUCACACAUGUGGAGAAGCCCUACGAGUCUUACACCGGUCAGAACGUCAAAUUGCGCUACUUCCUGAGGGCGACAGUAGGCCGGAGACUGAAUGACAUCAGCAAAGAGCUGGACAUUGUGGUGCACACGCUCAGCACCUACCCUGAGCUCAACUCCUCCAUCAAGAUGGAAGUGGGGAUCGAGGACUGUCUACACAUAGAGUUUGAGUACAAUAAAUCCAAGUAUCACCUUAAAGACGUGAUUGUUGGGAAGAUUUACUUUCUGUUGGUGAGGAUUAAGAUCAAGCACAUGGAGAUCGACAUCAUCAAGCGGGAGACGACCGGCACCGGGCCAAACGUCUACCAUGAGAACGACACCAUGGCCAAGUAUGAAAUCAUGGACGGUGCACCGGUCCGAGGGGAGUCCAUCCCCAUCAGGCUGUUUCUGGCAGGCUAUGAGAUGACGCCCACAAUGAGGGACAUUAACAAGAAGUUCUCAGUGCGGUACUACCUCAACCUGGUCCUCAUAGACGAGGAGGAAAGGCGCUAUUUCAAGCAGCAGGAGAUCACCCUGUGGAGGAAAGGGGACAUAGUGAGGAAGAGUAUGUCUCACCAAGCGAUCAUCGCCUCCCAGCGCUUCGAAGGCUCCUCCAACCCAGAGAAGAGCCAGACCCCGAGCAAUGCCGAAGAGGACAGCUAAAGCCCAGCAUGCACUUCACCCCCUGUGUAGUGAGUGUCUGAGCCAAACACAGUGCAGACAUUCUGAAUGUGAAUAUCAUGUUUUUGCAUUGAGAUGGAAUGCGCUGCUCUGUGUGUGUGUGUGUGUGUGUGUGUGUGUGUGUGUGUGUGUGUGUGUGUGUGUGUGUGUGUGUGUGUGUGUGUGUGUGUGUGUGUGUGUGUGUGUGUGUGUGUGUGUGUGUGUGUGUGUGUGUGUGUGUGUGUGUGUGUGUGUGUGUGUGUGUGUGUGUGUGUGUGUGUGUGUGUGUGUGUGUGUGACAAACAGUCCGACUCAGACUGUAGUUGCAGGUUUCUUUCAACCACCUUAAAGCAGAGAUCUUCAACAGGGGCUCCGGGACCCCUAGGGGGUUCCUGCAGGGGGGGCUGCCAAAUUAUUAAUAUUUUGAAAGUUUCCAAGAAAAAUUAAAAUAUCCUAAUAUGAAUCCAACAUUUUAUUUGCAACAUUAUUACCAAAGCUAAAUCAACUUCACAAUUUGUGAACCCCCCCCCACUGAUGAUAGGCUCACUGGCCCAUAGGUCACUAAGAUCCACAGAUCCAGUUCACCCUGCCACAUGUAUGUUUAACAUUAAAACAUGAUUUAUAAAAUCAUGCCAACAAUUAUUUGAAUAGCUUAGUAUUUUAUGCACUAAAAAGGUGUGUAGAAAGGUUUUAGGCCGCCCACACGUUAUUGUAGGCCCAGUUUAAUAUGCAACUACAUUUUAUACAAUAUAUUUUAUGUAGUAGGGGAUCCCUGCUCUGUGUCUCUUUCAGCUAAGGGGUCCUUGGCUUAAUAAAGGUUGAAGACCCCUGCCUUAAAGUACCAGCUGGGUGAAAUUUAUCCACAUGGAAACAUCAUGAUCAGACAGUGUCAUUGUCAGUUUGUGAUCCAGUUCAAUGGGCAAACUUCACCCGUCAGAUGCACUUAGAUGUAAUUUGCAAAUACUGUUCGACCAGUAUCUUGAAUUUGUGUGUGUGUGUGUGUGUGUGUGUGUGUGUGUGUUGUGUGUGUGUGUGUGUGUGUGUGUGUGUGUGUGUGUGUGUGUGUGUGUGUGUGUGUGUGUGUGUGUGUGUGGACAGUAUGAGAGCCACUGCGGGUGUAUUUCUAACACAAGCUUUCCUUCAAACUACUUCCUUGGCUGGAAGACUGCGCUGUGCAGAAACGGUAGUCAUACAGUAGCUUUCUACAAAGUGGGUAAACAAUAGAUCGUACAGUACAUUUCUGUAAGUUUACUCAACGGAAUGUGAGAUUCAUUCAUUCACUGAAGAUGAUUUCGCUGCCAUGCCCUCUACUGAGAAACCGCUCCUCUCAUUUGGUUUGAAUUCAAAAAUGUUUUUUGCUCCUUCAUUUAAAAAAAAGAAAAAACGAGCAAUGACUCCUCGCCACAGAAAGCGAAAAACAAGUAUAAGGCUUUAAAAAUGCUCUGAAAGAAAGGAAAUACAUUUACAUAUUUGUGUAAGACGAUGAUUAAUAUUUUCAUACAUUCCAAUGCUCUCAUCAGAAAUAGGCAUGGCUGUAGAGUAUUUAUUUUUUAACAAAACUUCCAUUUUGAUGCAGCAUUUGACAUGUUUGAUGUAUCAGUGGGUUGUGGCUCGGUGUCGGCUGUUAGUCACUGCUGCUAAAACAAACGUGGCACUUAUGAGCGCUGUGGGGUUGUUCUUCCGUCACGGUAACCGGCUCUGAUAGUUUGAAGCCCUUGCUUUCUUAUUUGCACUAUGAUCUCAUUCUGCUUUUCUCUGCUCUCAGUGCUGUUUAUAAACUGGACUCAUGGCAGGGCUCGGGAGCGGAGUGAAAAUCCGACUCCACUAUCCCCGGGGAUCACUUCAAAUCUAAUAUGGACAGUAUUCCACCCGCGUUUAGUGACAAAGGGAGUCCUGCCGGGACCGACUGUCCUGUGUGGUUAGUUAGCGUUGUGCCUAAGGGUUUAUUGCCAAAAUGUUUCAGUGCAAUACUAUAGAACUACUGCCACAGUGAUAUUCUCCGCCCUUUCUCCCCAUUUAGACUGUGCUCAUCUCUUAAUCCACUACAGUCACCUAUCCUGGAAUAAAAAAAAAAAAUGGGUUCACUGCUAAAAGGUUUUCAAAUAAUGGUAUUGUGAAGAACA